UCAAAUUACUUCUAAGAAUACACAAAUAUAAUAAAAUGCCAGAUUCUACCGGUUCCAAUUUUUUGACGUUAGUUCAUUAUUGACAGGAGACCGCAGCGGACACGAACAGGACGUGAUGUGUACUACCAACCGUAACAAAUUUCCAUCGUGAAACGCAUUACUUUUGCCCCCGGGAAAUUAUGUCUUAGGUAUUGAAUAGUCAAACAAAUGCUAAUUCCCAACCACCAAUCCAAGUAUUGGUAAUAUUGGAGUGCCGCUGUAUUGGAUCGGGUGAAACUGAUUACGUGCGCUAUUAUUUGAAAAUGGCGGGGAACAGUGGCGAUGAAAAAGAAGAGUGUUUGAGGUUAUACAAAAAUGAUUCUCGAAUACCGUGUAAAUAUGGUGUAAAAUGUUACCAGAAGAAUCCUGUACAUCAUGAGAAAUACAAACAUCCUUCUAAUAAAUAUAAACUCAAUAAUGCAAGCAAAGAAGAAAAAUAUACGAAGAUAACGAAAGAGGAUAUUUCCAAACAGUCACCUAAUAAACAUACACUUGAUGAUGAAGGCAAAGAUGAAAGAUGUGCCAAGAGAACAAAAGAUGAUAUUCCCAAGCAGUCACCUAACGAUGGAAGUUCUCAUCCUGGAGGCAGUUCUGCAGCUGAGGAGGAAGAAUUCUCUUUACCGGAUGAUGUGAAAGAAGCAAUUAAAGAGGCCUUCCUAGUUGAAAUGCCUAAUGAUUUUUAUAGUUUUUGGUCGUUUUGUCUGAGCUUGAAAAAAGAUAAUCCAGCAGGUGCCCUGAAAGAUGUUGGUCUUUUUCUUGUUGGCCCAUUUGAUUUGAUUUUAAAUCGUGAAUCGUUCAAAAAAUGCAAAAAGGUGGAAUUUUUAAGGCAUUGGCGUUAUUAUUUUGAUCCCCCUGAAUUUCAGACAGUAAUUAAAGGAGAUGAUAAAACUGAAUUCCAUUUGGGCUACUAUCGAGACGACCCAUCCUCUGAUCCAUGCUUUGUUGCUAGUAAUUCUGCAGCUGUGGAUUGCACUAUCACACCAGUGGCCGAGAACUUAUUCGGUGCUGUGAACUCAUAUCUUGAAACAAGGAAAAAUAAAUCAGAUCCAUUUCACAAAAUGAAAAUUAGCUCAUUGCAAAAAUCACUUCAUUCAUGGGCAAAAGAAAACAACUUUGAUCUUGAUGUAAACACAGCAGCAAUGAAAGCUCGAGCGAGGAAAGUGGUUGCAAAAACAUUCCACAAAGGAGGUAUUGUUGUUCCUGUAAAUAAGACAAAUGACACUGGCUAUCGUCCUCUGAUAGAAAGUGAAGUUAAUCUCAAGAAGAUACUUAAAAAUUAUGCCAACAGUGAUAGUGAUGAUCAGAGAAAGGCAUUGAUGGAUAAAUUGCAACCUAUCAUUACAGCUGCUAACAUUGCAAAUGACGAAUGUGAUUUUGGCACUAGCCUUGAACUUGGUUUGGAUCUUUUUUCCUUUGGAGGAGAUGUUUUUCAUGGAAUGAUUAAACACCUUCUUUGCACCGCAUAUGCUUUGCUAAACAGAGAAGCAUUUGCAGAAAUAAUUACGGCACAUCUGGGGAAACGUUUAAAAGGCCCAAAUCUUAGUGUCUUGGUGACAAGUGGUCGUUCCUGAACAAUGUUUGGCUUGUUAUGAAAUCAAACUGUAUUUUGUAUUAAACAAUCUGUUGCAGUAUUGUUCGUCGUUAAUGGUAAAAUGUAAUAAAGAUAUUGGAUAAGUUUUUCACUAGUUGGUAUCCAUGUGUUUGUGGUUAUAAAUUUUAGUUAUUUAUUCAUCAACUCAUUUUUGUUUAGUAUGUGUAUAGCUGUAAAAAUGGAAUGGAGUAAGCCAAAAAAAUUACUCAAAUGAUAAAAUAAAAUUUUAUUUUCAUAAACAUAAGUGAAGUUUUGAGACUUCAACUUGAAUUUUCAAAUGAUCAGUAAAGACUCAAACGAAUGUAUAGAAGGGUUUUUGGUGUCGUGUAAUCUUUAAAAUCUAAGAUCAUUUA